AUGUCUCUGCAGCCGUCGUCUUCCUCGUCUCUCCCUCCCGCGUCGCCCUUGCCGUCAACCGGGACUACGUUCCCGAUUUCAGCGUUUCCUGCUGAAUCGUCUUCCGCCGCGCCGACUGCGGUUCCUGCUGCUGCGCCCGGCUUACCGUCUUUGUCCACAGCACCUCUGAGUCAGCGGGAAGAAGUCGCCUCGUCAGACGAGGAUCACUCCUCGCUCUCAAACUCGAGCAGCGACGGCAACGACAGCGAGGACGAGCCUGGCUCGAAACGCGCAAAAACCGCCGAGAAUGCAGAUGUCAAGUCCAAGAGAAAGAACCGCGACAAGGGUUCGCUUGCAGGCAGCGAGCGCCACCGGCGCAAGGUAGCCAAACUUUAUCUCAAAACGGUGCACUGUUUAACGAAAAUAACGCUUCUUUUGGAGGAUGGCAACGUCGUGCUGCCAGCAGGGCGAACCGACAACAAGACGAGCAGACGCCUUUCUAAGCUUCUCCUUCGCUACGACCGGAUGCUGGUGAAGCUGGAAGAGUACAUGGCGACGAGUUCGCACUUAGCAAACGCCUCCGUGCCCGUCGGUCUUCUAAAGGCCCUUGACAUGAACGUCGAUCCCAUGGACUGGAUGAAACGUUGCGUCGUCGAUGUGCACAGAGAAAAGAACGACCAACUCCGCGGCGUAUUUCAGGCGUUCGGGGCGUACGAAGCUACGCUUCACGAUGCCAUGCGCUACGGGCCCGCUGACCGGCUGCUUCCUCCACUUCCACGUCUUUGUCCGCAUUCUGCGGGUUCCGCCGGCCCUUUUCAGACUCCAGCAGAUGGAAAUACAUGCGCGCCUGACCAGUAA